AUGUUCUUAUGUGGCAUGCUUCAUUCUUCCUUCUCUUCUGUUUUACCACUUUCCCUUUUAUUCUUUGCCAUCUAUCUUUCAUCAAUUAAUUUCCACGUUUCUUCUCUAAUUCAUUCUUCUCUGCAAAAUCCUCUUCUUCUCCCAAUGGUCUUCUCUGCAUAUUUUGUUAUUGCUUCUUUGAAAUCUGAAACUCUCCAAAAAGAAGAAUUCCGAAAGUCUUUGGAAAUGCCAGAGAAAGUCAGAUUUGGCCACUCAACAGAACUGAUUCUUCUUCAACUAAAACGAAAGGCAAGGCAUAUUAUCGAUGGUUGGAUGGAACAUUACCAAGUUGUGAUUGGUCUCAGACCAAAAGAAAUGGCGUGGGCUAUGAACCAGAAGGGCCGUACGCGCCAGUUGCGAAGGACGCAUUCAGCCGUGAUGAUCAACCCGGAUAGCCCUUCACAAAUGAAAGAUCUAGGUUUGAUGCCUGUGUCAAAUAAUCAGGAAGCCAUGAAGGUCAAUCAUAGACUUCCGUCUGCACCCCCAGGUAAUCUUUCUCUUUCUUCUCUCUCUUUUUUUUUCUGA